AUGAGCACCAACAAGGGCGAAAAGGCCGCUGCGCAACCAUCUGCUGGACCUGUGAUAGGUAUCCGGCGCUCUCGGUGGGCUCGCAUAGCCCUUGUGACGACAGCUGCCGCGGCGUACUGGGCUGUACGAUGGCAUCAUGGCUUCUAUGGUGGCACCUCCGUCGACAAAACCUAUGCUGUUUGCUCUCCUGAUGCUGACGGUCUCUACACUAUCGAUGCGACAAACUCCGUUACACAAUGCAUGGUCGUCAAAGAUGCGCUCAUCGCAGAUGUUGGGAGUGAAGAGGAUGUGAAGAGCAGAUGGCCCGACAUCAGCUACGCUGUGACACCCAAAGGCUCAAUGAUCCUUCCCGGGAUGACCGAAUCGCACAUGCACAGCUUCCUGCACGCCAACUAUCGCAUGCUGGAGCUCGAGACGGCGCAGAGCAUACCAGCUGCCGUCGCUCUUGUACGCGAGCUCAUUCUAUCCGACCCCGACAUCUUGCACAAUACGUCCAAGAUCAUCGAGGGCUUUGGCUGGGAUGCAACAAUCUGGCCCGAGAAACGACUGCCUACUGCUGCUGAUCUGGACGCAGAUGACGUCGUACGCGGUCGUCAAGUCGUCUUGCGUAGCAAGGACGCACACGCCUAUUGGGUCUCUGGCAAGACUCUCGAACUGAACGCGCCGUAUCCUCAAGAGGUCGAGGGGGGCAAGAUCGAGCGCGAUGCCGACGGCAAAGAAACAGGCGUCUUUGUCGAUAGCGCACAGGAUCUCAUUGCGUAUUCUGAGUUGACCGACUCAGACUUGCUGAAGAAGCUCACGUACACCAUGAACGAUGCGCUUUCGUGGGGUAUCACCUCGAUUCACGAUGCGAAGCUCGGCCAGGAGGAGCUUGACUUCUUCCACCGUCAAGCUCUUGCCGGCAAUCUCAAAGUGCGCUUCCAUGGGUGGAAGUUCUUCGACGGUGACAUGGCGGGCUACUGGGGCAACACUACCGCGCGCGUCUACGGUGCGGGCAAUGGAAGGUGGACGCAACGCAGCGUGAAGAUCGUAGCGGACGGCUCGUUGAGAAGUCGUAGCUCUUACCUCUACGAGGACUACUCGGAUGAACCGGGUAACAAAGGCUUCAUGCGUGUAUCAGUCGAAGUGCUCGAGAAGGUCAUCCCGAUGUUCUUGGAGGACGGCUGGCAAGUGAACGUACACGGCAUUGGCGAUCGCGCCAACGGGCACGUUGUGACGGCGCUCGAAAAGUCUCUGGCAGGCGUGAAUGUGACCGCUGCAAGGCCGCGAAUAGAACACGCGCAGAUCAUGACUGACGAGGACAUUGUGCGUCUGGGCAAGCUCGGUGUAAUUGCAAGCAUACAACCUACGCAUGCCAUUGACGACAUGUGGUAUGCCGAGGAGCGAUUGGGUCCUGAGCGAAUCAAAGGCCUCUAUGCAUUCCGCAAGCUCAUCGACGCUGGUUCGCGCAUAACACUUGGUUCCGACUCUCCCGUGGAAACAAUGAACCCAGUAGCUGGCAUGUAUGCGGCGCUCACUCGCACUAGCUUCGAUGGAACGAGCCCGCACGGCCCCGAUGGAUGGUUCCCAGACCAGAGAUUGACGCGACUCGAGGUCUUACGCGGAUCCACCAUUGAUCCGGCGUACGCCUCGUUCACGGAGAAUGAGCUUGGCUCGCUCGAGGUUGGAAAGCGCGCAGACUUCGUAGUACUUUCACAAGACGUUAUGAAGGUUCCAAUUGAAGACAUGAUGGCGACAAAGGUGCUGGCGACAGCAAUCGAUGGUGAGGUACUUUCCGGGCAUCUGUAA